GAACAGUGGGCAACAGCAGGGAGCAAGGAACUGGAUUUUAUGGCAAAGCCCCCCUUCAAACUUGGUGUCAAGCCAGUAAAAAGGAAGCAAUACUGCUGGGGAAGGGGCGGCAGGCGCCAUGUCUGGCCACGAAGGUGGCAAGAAGCCACUGAAACGGCCCAAGAAGCAGGCCAAGGAGAUGGACGAGGAAGAUAAGGCUUUCAAGCAGAAACAAAAAGAGGAGCAGAAGAAACUAGAGGAGCUAAAAUGGAAGGCCACGGGGAAGGGGCCCUUGGCCACAAGUGGAAUUAAGAAAUCUGGCAAAAAGUAAGGUGUUCCCUGUGCCUAAGGAGAUGGUGACCCUUUAUUUCAUCAGUAUUUAAACCUCUCUAUUCCCUGCCAUAACAUCUUUUGCCACCUAUGGCUGGAAUUAAGUGUUGUCUUGGAGCUGUUGUACAUUUAAGAAUAAACUUUUGUUAAAAAAAAAAAAAAA